UCAAUUUUGAUACUUUUUACCAAUAUUCAUGAAACCCCCAGGUCUGUGAUAGCAAGGGUGAAUUGGAACGUUUCCUCCUUCUCUUAAUAGUACCGGCGGCAUUGUUGAAUCGGCCGCGACAUCCCCGUUGGCGUGCAAUUCUGGGAGGGGCGUCCUGUCGGCAACCGAGAAUGGCGGUUGCGGAGGAGGCUGUAUGAGGAGAGAGGAAGAGAUGGGGGCUUAGCGAUUAACAUCCCUUUUCUCGAGACGUUGUCCCUUUCUUUUGUCCAUCGGCCCUGUAAACCGGGAUGGAGGAUUCUCGCGAGGACCAUGAACUGCAUUUCUGCCAUUUACUGAAAGUGGAGGAGCCCAUGACCAUCUCCCUGCCGGAGCCCCAUGGGAAUACAGCUGAGGUGUCAGUUACUCCUGAUACAAUUCACAAGGUGGCUGUAUCUCCUGAAAUGGUAACCAGUGCUGAUAUGGGAACCCUUAGCAAGGGUGUGAAAUAUCAAGGUAGCCAGCAUAUAAUGGAGAGUGCAAAGUAUUGCCAUGGAGUCAACAACAACCCUGGCUAUCUGUGUGAGACAGGCCACUGUUGUGGGGAGACAGGCUGCUGCACGUACUACUACGAGCUGUGGUGGUUCUGGUUGCUGUGGACGGUCCUGAUCCUGUUCAGCUGCUGUUGUGCAUACCGGCACCGGCGAGCCAAAUUGCGCAUCCAACAGCAGCAGAGACAGAGAGAGAUCAACCUCAUCGCUUACCACGGGGCCUGCAACUAUCCUGCCUCCAUGUUGGACCUCAGCUUCCUAGCAUCUUUCAAGCUGCCCUCCUAUGAGGAGGUGGCAGCCCAGCCCAACACACCCCCUCCACCCUACAGCUCGGUGUUUGCCCUGCAGGGGGGCUCGCGCUACGCCCACGCUGGCCCCAGCGGCAUGACCUCCUCACAGAGCUCCCACAGCAACUACACCAGCUGCUCCUGCGAGUCCUGCUCGCUCACCUCCCACAGCAGCACCUCCUUCUCCGUGCAGGUCACCGACGAGACCGACACCAGCAACGCCACCACGCCCAGCGACGUCGGAGGCUCCAGGGUUCCCAGCGCCACUCUGGAGCCCGAGCACGCCAACCUCCCCACAACGCCUCCAACCGGACCAGAGGGUGCAUCGCCGCCCCAGCCUCCCGCGCCACUGGUGCUGUCCGACCCGUUAGGGGCCAUGUCCCUACCGGUAGAUGAGGACGGCCAAGGAGAAGACGCAUCGCAGGAGCGCCCGUCCCCCAGGGCCACCCUCUCACCACCCAAACACGCCCUGUUCUCCUCCAACGUGGACUUCUUCGAGCCGGACAGUCAUGUUUCGGCGGCCUCGGACGUUGAGGGAGACGCUGGGGAGGACGAGGAAGACGAUUUGGACGAUGAGAACCACUUCCGCCACCGCCGCCUGACGGGAGACUCCGGCAUUGAGGUGUGCCGCUGUAAGGUGAAGAAGGAGGAUGUGGACGUGGACAGCAAGAGGGACGUGUCUGACGACGGAGAGGGCACUGUGAGAGAGGAGGAGGGGAGGGAGGAAGCAGACCCUGUGCAUGACAGCGUUGACUGUUCCCUCCGUGCCGCCCAGGAAGCCCAAACCCAGUUGCCCCUGGAGGACUGUGUCUCCCAGUGCAACCCCACCCUCACUGUUCACAGUGAGUCCGCCAUCACGGUGCAGUCCUCGUGAGAUGGUAGGCGGGAUGAAGCAGAACCUUUCAACGUUGUUAAGAUAUUUGAAAAUUCGCAGUCCAUAGCUGUCAGUUAUGAUGGAGAAACUGACGGACUAUCAUAUUGUUUGAAGGCUGUAUCUCACCCCUGAGGGAUCAUGCAUAGAUUGCAUGGGAUAUAGAUGCCCUUCACUGUCCGCCAGACCUUUGGAGCUGUAUUUUGGUGCCCAGGAACCGGAAGGUGGCCCAAAAGACAAAAGCAGAGGGGUUCUGAGGUGACAUGGAGCAGGACGAGCAUAGAGCCCCAGAUGAGGACAUUUCGCCCGAUUCUCUUGUUCACUUUCACCCACACACACACACAUACACACACACACACACACACACACACACACACAACCACACACUGCUGCCCGGGAGCAUCUGAGAACAAAAGAGCAUCUUUUCCCGGGCAGAGAAACAAAAGCGCCUGUGAAAAAUGCAAAUGGGCUGCCUCCCUUCCCUCUGGAGUGGCAGGAAGAAGAGCAACAGCUGCGUGGAGCUGUGUGAAGUCAGCAUAAUGGCCACCCAGCUCACCCUCCCUGCCCAGACCCACUCUGCCCCUCCUGCAGCGCUGCCCCUGCCCUUUAGCUUCCUGACAAAAUCUGUUCCUCUCUCUCUCCCCCCCUCUCUCUUUCUCUCUCUCUGUCCCUCUCUCUCUCUCUCUCUCCCCCCCUCUCUCCUUAUUUAUCUGACUGAAUAGCCAAGGCUAUGAAAGUCUUGAGCUGUUGGCUUUUUUGGACACCAGUGACUCCCCUCAUCCUCUAACUUUCCUGUUGUGGCAGGAUGCUCCCUCCACUUACGGAUGUGCCCUUCAUUCUUUAAAACGCUGCUUGGACUGCUUGUCGAUUCUUAGGCAAUAAUAAUACAACUGAGGCUGAUGUGUUUGUCCUCUAACACAAAGGCUUGUCUGUGACUGGGGCUUAAAACUAUGAAUGUAAACAUUAAAUGCCUGAGAUGUUGCGGCUGAAGCAAGAGUUAUGAUCUUGCAUUUAAAUUCCUUCAGCCCCAAAACUUAGUUUAUAAAGGUGUGUGAAUUAUGGUUAUUACCUGUAGACUGGCAUGGCAUUGUUGCUCUGACUGUCUUCUCUACAUUGUAAUGAAGUUCUGAUGAGUUUGUUACACAUGAAGACACGUUUGCUAGUCCACGUGUGGUUCACAAUGGGACCCCUGAUACAAAACUACUGCUACUGAAUGUAAUCCUCUUUGUGGCUAUGGACACAUAUUUUUGGCCUGUUGAAUUAACAGACUUAAUACUCAAAUGGAAAUGUCCAGUGAAACAUUAUUUUGAAUUCAUCAAUGAAUUUAAUUGAGCUUUUUUUUCCCAAGAAAGUAUUUGAAGUGCCCGUAUGUGUUCUGAAUAUGUGGGUUCACCCCUACUCCAUUCCAUUUAAAACAACAGAAACCACAUCACAUUUUCAUCUACAACAUAUCAUACCCUUCUAACAUUAAGCUAUCGAUAAAAAAAAAAAAAACUCUUUACAUUAUUUGUUAAAAAUUCCACACUGUGAAAAGGUAAAACU